AUGAGCGCACCAAGUUUACUCCGCUUGAUAUAUUUCCUAACCUUGGUUAUCCUAUGUGUAAGUGCUUCUAAUAAUGACGUUAAAAAUUCCUCACAUGUGCACAAAAUUGAACUCUACGACGGUGUAUACGUGAAAAUACCCGAACAAAAUAAUGAUAAAAAAGAAUUAUUGUCAUUGGAAAUAGACACUAAAAACAAUGAUGUAGUUGAAGGUCGUGGCAAGCAAAAGAAGUUGAUGCAGAGGAUACUCCCUAUGUUCAUCUUGCCAUUCGUUCUUCAAUCUACAAUUGUACCUUUAUUCCUUGGAAUGCUUAAAUUUAUGCUGUUCAAAUCCUUGAUGGUUGGAAAAUUAGCAUUAGUUCUUAUUAUAAUAAAUGCCUUUAGAAACAGCAACUCUUUUAAAGGCAGACAGGACGAAGAAAUAGCAAAUGUCCAUUACGGUUACCACGCAAAUGGUAUGGGUGAAUUCGGAUCGUACUUUAAUACGUAA